UAUUUUAACUCCUCUGAACCACUCCAGGGUCGUGCCCUUCUUCUCCGCCCGAAACCCGUCCGCGAUCCCCAUCUCUCCCAUCUCGGCUCCCCCCUCGUCAAGCUGCCAGCGGCCGGCGCCGACUCGCCAAACCCGGAAGGGAGAUACAACACCAGAUCCAGACCUUACUGAUGUUGCUUGUGGUUCUAUCAUCUGAGAUUAAUAAAGUCUUUUAGUCAAUCAUGGAAGAAAAACAAAUCAACCCAUCUCUCUUGCCACCUGCUAGUCCUGUGGACCAAGUUUCAACUCCACCUCCUGCUGUUACUACUGCCUAUCAGGUUCCUCGUGCUACUUCAAAUGAUUCUGCAACUCAGAUUGCCAGUAUAAAUCCUGUAGUCCCUUCAUCUGCUUCUGCUGCUGCUGCUGCUCCGACUUCUGCUACCACGCAAGAUGCUGCAGGCCUCGAGGCACCAUCCUCCAUGUUUUCUACAUCUAAUUUAUCUUCCUGGGCUAAAAACCUGAAAAUUCCCCAGCCUUCUUCAGGUCAAGAAUCACCAACAGGAAAAAAUACCUUGUCCCGUCUCACUAGUGGCCUUGGAUUGCGCUCAUCGCCGAAAAAUCCACAGCAAGAUGAGAGUGCUGUAGGAAGCAUGACCUCAACAACGGCACAAACUGGUGUUUUUGGUUCCUUGACAAAAGGCAUUGUGGAUUCAUCUAAGAAUGCUGUUAAGGCAGUGCAAAUUAAGGCUCGCCACAUGGUCUCACAGAAUAAAAGACGAUAUCAGGAAGGCGGUUUUGAUUUAGAUAUGACAUAUAUUACAGAGAACAUAAUUGCUAUGGGUUUUCCUGCCGGUGAUUUGAGCUCUGGUUUUUUUGGAUAUUUUGAGGGCUUCUACCGUAACCACAUGGAGGAAGUCAUCAGGUUUUUUGAAAUGCAUCACAAGGGGAAAUAUAAGGUGUACAACCUCUGCUCAGAAAGGCUGUAUGAUGCAUCUCUGUUUGAGGGAAAGGUCGCAUGCUUCCCUUUUGAUGAUCAUAAUUGCCCUCCGAUACAACUUGUCAUAUCAUUUUGCCAAAGUGCAUACUCAUGGUUGAAGGAGGACAUAGAAAAUGUAGUGGUUGUCCAUUGCAAAGCUGGAAAGGCAAGGACAGGGUUGAUGAUCUCCAGCCUUCUUGUAUACCUGAAGUUCUUUCCUACGGCAGAGGAGUCCAUUGAAUACUACAAUCAGAAAAGAUGUGUAGAUGGAAAAGGGCUUAUUCUUCCAAGUCAGAUAAGAUAUGUGAAGUACUUCGAGCGCAUCUUAACUCACUACAAUGGUGAGAAUCAGCCACCCCGCAGGUGCAUGCUUAGGGGAUUUCGCCUUCAUAGGUGCCCCUAUUGGAUCCGACCAUCAAUUACUGUCUCUAAUCACAAUGGUGUUCUUUUUACUACGAAGAAGCAUCCAAGAACAAAAGAACUAAUGCCAGAAGAUUUCUGGUUUAGUGCACCAAAGAAGGGAAUUAUGGUUUUUGCAUUGCCUGGGGAGCCUGGAUUAGCAGAGGUAGCUGCUGAUUUCAAGAUUGAAUUUCACGAUCGACAGGGAGAUUUCUACUGUUGGCUAAAUACAACUAUGAUGGAGAACAGAGUGACAUUGAAUCCAACCGACUUUGAUGAUUUUGACAAGAGAAAAUUGCCGUCACCUGGGUUCCAGGUCGAGGUUGUCCUGGUAGAUUAUGAUGGUUCAGAAUCACCAAAACAACAAGUAGCUGACCAAGCUGCUGAUAACAAAUCUGAUGCCGAUUCCUCCACGAGCACCAGCGCCAAAGAAAAUUAUGCUGUGCAUGUAGAGUCCAACAAGGAAGCUGGAGGUGAUGAUAAGGAUGAUGUUUUUUCUGACAAUGAAGCAGAAGAUGGAUCUUCCAAGGGGAAGAAGGAGAAGGUCUCCAGCAGUGGUCAAGGUACAUCAAAUGCAGCAAAAGGUUCUGAAACAUGUGUUGCACAAAAGGAGGCAUCUGCUGCUUCUAGUUGUAUUGAAAAAGUCACUAUAUCCAUCGAGCAAGGAAAUGCAAGGGCACCUGAUGCUGGUAGUCUGAAAACUGAAGCUAGUAGCAAGAACAACUCUACCACAACACAACCCACUGCCGUGGAAUCAUCCAGCAUGAGCGAGUUCAAGGCCAUCGCUGCCGAUGCUUCGGUCUUCUCGUUUGGAGACGAAGAUGAAUAUGAAAGUGAAUAAUCCCACCACUCUUCCGGAUGUUUUGUUUGUCAUGUGUAUAGUUUAUCUCCUCUAUAAAACAACAGGAUAGCAAAGUUCAAAACAACUGAUUUAUUCUUGCAUUUUGUGUUUAUGUUAGCCUUUCUACUGCUGUAAUGUUUUACCCAGAUGCACUUAUUAAGUUAUAACUCCGUGAGGUUUGUACUUCAUCAAUAUAUCUCGUUUUUUCU